AGUCAAAAGUCAUAAAACAAUAUAUUAAACUAUUUGAAACUAUUGAAACAAACAAAGAAACUAAUAUAUUUAAACGAUUUCGAAGCAUGGGUACCGCCAGUCUGGAAGUACCAGAAUUGAUUACCCUAACCGGUAAUAAUAAUCAUUUGGCCUUGCCCGAUGUGAAGCGCAUCACGGACAUACGCAAAUUUAUGGAUGAAUCGAAGAAUAUCAAUGGCAGCUUCGAGAAACUAUCGGAAUUUAUUUUGGGUCAGGAGCAACAAUGCCACGACAUAACGAAACUGCUCAAGGAACAGGUGCAAAUCAAAAUGGAUGCACUGCGUCAGGUGAAGGAGGAUAUGCUGGAGCUACAGCGUCAGCUAAAAGCGCCGGGUGCCAGCGAACGCUUUACCAAGGGCCACAAGGUACUGGUAAAGUUCUAUGAUGAGACGGAAAUAAAUGAAUACGAGGUGCCGGAUGCAUUGGCCCGCUACAGCUUGAAGAUGAGCUCACUGUACGGUGAAAUACUGGCACUCGACAGCGAUGUCGACUAUGUGGCCUAUCUGGCCAGCAUUGCCAGGGUAAAUAAGGAUUAUGUCGAGGACUGGCACAGACACGAAAAGAUCGAAAAGGCCAGAAAAACGGUGAUUAAGAAUAAAAGCGCUGGCGAUGCCAAGUAGCUGCAGUCACUUUCAAGAUCUACGAUUAUAAUCUGUAUUAUCUUUUGAAGAGGUUUUAGUUUAUCGACACAAUACUCGUAUUAUAUGAGGGCUAAGUGGUACCGUAUAAGCGUGUCCUAAAUUGUAGUUAAUAUCAAAUUAAGCCAUGCGAGGAACGUUUGGCAUUCUAAAUAUCGAACAUAAGUAAAAUAUAUCGUAUCUUAUGCUCAAAA